AUGAACGAGGUUCCCUGGACGUCGGAUCUCCGCUUGCCACCGGCACCCCUGGGAAAGCCUCAAAUUCUGCUCCCGAGACCCAUGGUGCGACCAAACUAUCCUUCAGUCAGCAUGGAGUUGCUUUGUGGCCUGCUGUUUACUCCUAUCCUUGAUCGGUUUCAAUUCUUCUCCAGCACCCUUCAUGGCGCACUGGAAAGCGAAUUCGGAUACGAUGUCGAAACGUGCCUCGUGUUGAUAGUUCUUGCGCUUGGCUGUCUAGCUGUCCGAGCCUACGAAGAGGGAGACUUCGCAUUGCCAUCACGCACGCCAUCUGCUACAACCGGUUUUGCACGGCCCGAAUGGUAUGAAGUAGUCAUGGACGAUCCACCAGGUCUGAAGUUUUUCAACGAAGCACGACAGCGGAUUGGAUUCCUCAUGAACCAGAAUGACUUGCCAAUUGGCCAGUUUUAUAUGCUUUGUACACUGUACUACGCCCAGACCCUACGUCCAAUCGAUUCGUGGACGAUGGUCAACCGUGCUGCCCUGUGCUGCAUCAGCGUACUGUCGCGGGAAGAAACGAUUGACUUCGAUGACUGGGAGGGCGACAUGUUCUCGAGAUUGUUCUGGAAUACGCUCAUGUAUGAGACUAUCAUCACGCAAGAGCUCAGUCUCCCUUUGAGCGGUCUACUCGACUACGAAGCGGAUAUUCCUAUUCCCAAGUUUAAAUCCUCCCCUCGGCCUAAGACGUCAAUCUCCGGACUGCUUUCUGACGAAGAUGACUCUUUCUUCAACUUCCAUUUCCUUGCACAAGCCGCCCAUCGCAUCAUACUUACCCGUAUCAGGCGCGUAGAUCAUGCUCUAAAUAUACGAUUACUACUGACAGAUUUCUAG